AUGCCUCAAACAAACACCAAGGACUAUGAUGAUGAAGCCAUCCGCCCGCCGGAUUCUGAUACCAGAAUUGGCUGGGCUGGGGUGCCGCUGUCCCAAACCUGUGGAUACUACGGUCACAUCAAGCGCGCAGUCCUACCAACAAACUCAGAACUUGGCUUCACUCCAGACUACGGGUCUGUUGAUGCUGCCAAAGUCGCUGAGGAAUUCAUUCACGUCUUCGCCAAGGCGGUAGAGGCACAGGAUGUAGAUGCUAUUCUUUCAGCCGUCCACGAGAAUGGCUACUGGAAAGACGUCGAACUUCUCACAUGGGACAUCAGAACUCUGCAGGGCCAUGAUCAAAUUGGCACCAUGUUGACAGAACGACUUUCCAAGACUGCAAUCACGGAUAUUCGACUAAAUCCUCAUGUUCCUGCAACAGUGGAAACACUUGGUCCAGAUCUCUCAUUUAUUCUUCUUCAUCUCGAAUUCGACUUCGCUCAUGGCACUGGCGUCGGCGUUGCCCGUCUUAGCCCGUUCAAGGCCAAGACAGGCACAGCCACUGAUCUGGCUGAUGCCAAAUCAUGGAUGAUCUACAGCGUUGGCACCGCCAUAGAGACAGUUCAUGGUUGGGAUGCAGAGUACGGAGACAAGGAAAGGUACCAGGCCGGCAAGUACCAUGAUCCUUUAGGUAAAAGCCGGACCUACCAACAGAUAAGGGAUGAUGAAGCGGCUGGCAAAGAGGGAUUUCAGCCAAAAGUGGUCAUCAUAGGCGCUGGACACACCGGCCUAUCUAUGGCGGCUCGCUGUAAAGUCCUGGGAAUACCACAUCUCAUUAUAGAAAAGGGCGAUGGCCCCGGCUGCAGCUGGGCAAGUCGUUAUGCGUCGUUGUCUUUGCACGGCCCAACAUUCACCAACCAUCUACCAUAUUUGCCAUUUCCGCACUGGUUUCCUGUGUUUCUACCCGCUCAGCAGUUGGCGAAGUUCUUGAAGAACUACGCAAACAUCAUGGACUUGAAUAUCUGGGCAAACUCAACCCUUGACGGAAAGACUGCCGUGUACGACGAGGACGAGGGCAAGUGGACUUUGACAGUCACACGCCAAGAUGGAACGAAGCUUAUUCUCCACCCCCGGCAUCUGAUGAUCGCCACGGGUAUUUCCGGAACUCUGCCAAACAUCCCCGAGGUGCCCGGCAUGAACGACUUUCGCCAGAACGGCGGGAUAAUCACUCAUUCAUCGCACCAUCGCACGGACCCUGAAUGGAAAGGAAAGCGAGCCAUCGUCGUAGGUGCCGCAACAUCCGGCCAUGAUAUCUCGUUCGAGUUGACCGAGAACGGCUGCGAUGUCACCAUGAUCCAAAGAAGCGCGACACACGUCAUGUCUGUGGAGAAGAGUGUCCGACACCUCUGGAAGAGCCGCGAGAAGACGGGCAGACGAGAAGGUCAAGAUAUCGAUAUCCUCGACCAAGCCAACUUCCUGAAGCACUCUUACCCAGUGGAGUACGAAGUAAUGCCACGGGGACAGAAGAUAGCGCGGGAAAUCGACGCGGAUCUGCUACAGUCGCUAAGAGAUGUUGGAUACCGUCUCCACGAUGGCUACCACGGCGGUGGCGCAUACUCAAUGUUUCCGUUUGACCAAGGUGGCUUUUACUGGGAUACAGGAUGCUGCAAGCUCAUUGCUGAUGGAAAGAUCAAGCUGGUGCACUCCGAAAUCGAGCAUUUCACAACAGACGGUGUGAAGUACAAGGACGGCUCAUCCCAAAAGGCCGACGUUGUGGUGUUUGCAACAGGAUACAUGAACUCCAAGAGCGCAAUUCAAGCUCUUCUAGGCGAUGAAAUGGCUAAGAAAUGUCACGAGCGCUGGGAAAAAGGAAAUGCUUUCUUUCUCGGACCAGAAGGUGAUUCCAUCAUCAACUACUGCCCUCUCCCUCAGAAAGGUCUGUAUGCCAUGUUUCAUCAGUUUGCCUUUUGUCGUUUCCACUCGGCGCGACUCGCUCUUCGCAUCAAGGCGGAGGAGUUGGGGAUUGAUGUCACGCCGUAUGGGAAUAAGCCGCUUGGACCUCCUAGCACAGCAGCUGGACAACAGCCACGGCCCGAGGGCGUCUCGCUCUGA